AUGGCUUUGCACUGCUGCCUCGUGUUUCAACAGCGGAACCAAAUCAUCGUUAUAGCGGGGACGGAAGGGGGCGUGACUACCGAUGCUGAGACAUGCCGAUACGGCCUCCAUAUGGUUUCCAUCCAAAACGUCCUGAUGGCGGGUUUCCUGAUAUUUAUCACUACAACGACGCUGUUGCUGCUUCACACCUACGGACACAGGGACACUGGCAACGUUGUGUCGUGGAAGGAGUCGCGGAAUGGACAAACCCCUGAUGUCCACACCAUUGGGUCUCCGGAUCAGACCGGUAGAGACACCUCGACUCGUGGACAUGCGUCAUCAGACCGGAUAUGUACGAAUCGUCAUGGUGACAAGCGGUACAGGGUGUCAUGCGACUCCGACAAGGUCCCGCCUUCCGCUCUGCCCCAAGACGCUACGGUGUUUGAGUUUGAUAAGUACCCCUCUGAUGAACGUCUUUGGCCUGAGAUUGGCAACGGUCAUGUGGCCACGGUCGUCAAGGGCGACUCCAUGUUCAUGAACGGUCUUUAUAACGGCAAAGAACGGGACAGUCACCGAGCCCGACUUCCGUCGACUGUGGCCGUGUCUAUUACAUCCAUCACCCCUAGCAACGUCACUAAGAAAUUUGUCCUUGACAUUGGCAGAGGUGUAUACUACGAGCGCUAUAACGGGGAUGGAUUCUACGUGGAACUACGGAUAUACGCACACAGAGUGGUGACGAGCGUCCUCGCUAUAGAACUGAUCAUAGCUGACACGUCCGGCAAUCGUAACGGAAACAUCACGGUGACCUUGAACGUCAACAACGGCACAGCCAGCGAGGACGUCACAUGGACAAAUGUUGACGACAACGGACAGAUCACUUUGAAGAGUGGACACACCAAAGAAGCGGAGUACGAUGCGAUGGCGCCAGUGACACCGGUGACAGUGUUUUCCAGCAACAUUCCCAGCAGCCUGUCACUUCCGGUUGGCAUCUCCAAGGAAGACGUCGUGUUCUUCACGUCUAUCAACGUAGACAAAAGCAAGGCAAUCGAAGGCUUCAACCAAGCUAUGGAGUUAAUGGCGAAUGGAACGCUGUAUUCCUCCCACGUGGCUGCUUGGAGGGAUGUUUGGGAGAAGGGGCGUGUGGAUGUGGAGGGGAACCUCACCCUGGCCAGGAUCAACUAUGCCUGUCUCUACUACCUCACCAGUUCUCUCCCUUUGAAGGAAGAUCCGAACUGGUCUUUCGUUGGGCUGUCACCAGGAGGACUAGCCCAUGGCUCCCGGGGGGAGGAUUAUAAUGGUCACGUGUUCUGGGACCAGUCCACGUGGAUGUUUCCACCAAUCAUGAUGCUCCAUGCUGAUCUUGGCCGCACAUUGGUUGGAACCCGCCUACGGACUUUGAAAGCAGCCCAGAUACUGGCCAACACGACUGGCUACCGCGGGGCCAGAUAUCCGUGGGAAUCAGGGUUUACAGGAUUGGAGACCAGUCCUUCCGUGGCUUGUGGUGAUCUGGAACAGCACAUCACCGGAGACGUGUCCCUGGCGUUCCGCCAGUAUCUGCAGCUCACAAACGACACAGACUUCCUCACCCAAGGACGGGGCCUUGACGCCAUCACCAACAUGGCCGAAUUCUGGGCGUCGAGGGUUGUCAAGAACACCACUACAAAACUGUGGGAAAUAAGGGGUGUAAUGCCGCCGGACGAGUACCACUACAACGUCAGCAACUCUGUCUACACCAACACCGUCGCCAAGCUGAGUCUGCUGACGGGGGUGUACGCCACCAGGAUGGCAAGACAGACUCCCCCCGGCUACUGGCAAGACAUCGCCGACAACAUGUACAUCCCCUUCGAUGACAAGCUACAGUAUCACCCCGAGUUUGACACCUACAAGAUAGGCACCGUGGUGAAGCAAGCGGACGUGGUGAUGCUGGGGUUCCCACUCAUGGCGAAGCUAACACAGCAGGUGCUCAAGAAUGACCUCACUAUCUACGAGAAGGCGACCCCUGGCGGACCGGCAAUGACGUGGGGCAUCUUCACUAUCAACUGGUUGGAGCUAGGUGACAAGGUCAAGGCCGACUCACUGUUCCAGCGCACCAUCCUAAAUGUCCAAAAACCUUUUUAUAUCUGGACAGAGAACGCCGAUGGCAGUGGCGCCGUCAACUUCCACACCGGUAUGGGAGGAUAUCUCCAGGCGAUGAUCUUUGGCUAUGGGGGAUUCCGGAUUGAGGAUACACAACUAGUGUUCAGCCCCAACCUCCCUCCGUCAACCUCACGCCUCUCCAUCACCGGAAUCGACUACGGCGGCAACUCCGUGGAUCUGACGGUGGACGCAGCCAAUAUGACAAUCACAGCAACAUCACUCGCCAAACCCAUGACUGUCACCGUGUUUAGUCUGGGCGUUACUGACACUCUACUUCUUAACCAACCUCGGACAUAUACCAGGCAAAGGGCGGCUUUACGUAUAACAUCAAAAUAGUCCUUGUGGAAAUAAUGUUAAUUAUUCCAAGAAAUUUUACAUUUUGUAAUAAAUUGUUAAGAACAUUU